AACUGGAAAAGGUAUAACAAGGAUGAUUGAAGACAUAGAACAUAUUUUGUACUGAGAAUAAACUAGGAUUAUUUUUAGCCUGAAAAUUAUCUAAAUUGGUGAAAUCACAAGAGACGCAGAGAAAGUGACCAGGAGAUGCUGAUUCACGGUCCUAACACGAGACUGAGCUGGCAUCACAUGAGCUUACGGAUGUGGAACAAACAACUGGGAACAAACAACAGGACUGCAGAAGUGUUUCAUUGCACAAUAAAUGCAUGAAUUAUGGAAUAUACUGCCUGUAAACAGGACAGCUGCCAGAAGCACACAAUUUUAGAACGUAACAGGGCAAACUGACAGAUGAAAAACUGAGGGUAACUAAACAUAAUGAUAAUGCAUUUAGCUAUAGAAAUUAAUCCACAAAUCCAAAAAUUAAAAAAAAAAAGGCAAGUGCAAAGAGUGGAAAUAUGGCUUUAGUGUUAUCUUGCCCAGACAGAACUUCUGGUAUGAGCAGAUACAACUGGUCUAAACUAUUUAAAUAGUGUAACAAUUUGGGUGGUACUUAAAAAGUUACUAAGUAUGAUACGGAAGUUGUCAUAACACGGUCCUGUCAGGAACAGUAACAUAUGUUGCAUUGUCACGACUUUUGAAACAUAAAUUCUAUACUGUAAAAAUUGACUUAGAUUAGACUUCUUUAAGCAGAGAAAUGGAAAAUCCUGAAGUGGCUGUGAGCAGCUGCAGCGCUCAUGAUGAGGAAAACCUUUGCAGCUACAAACGACACUCAUCAGUAUCACAGGAGGGGAUUUUGGAAGACCAGCUUAGAAGGAAGUUAAAAUUUUUCUUCAUGAACCCAUGUGAGAAAUUUUGGGCCCGGGGCAGAAAGCCUUGGAAACUUGGGAUUCAGUUACUCAAAAUAGUAAUGGUUACAGUUCAGCUGGUGGUUUUUGGAUUGAGCAAUCAAAUGGUGGUUGCCUUCAAAGAAGAGAACACUGUUGCAUUCAAACAUCUGUUCUUGAAAGGAUAUAUGGACAGAAUGGAUGAUACCUAUGCUGUAUACACACAAACAGAUGUUUAUGACCAGAUAUUCUUUGCAAUAAACCAGUACCUUCAGCUGCCCAACAUCUCUGUUGGAAAUCAUGCUUAUGAGAAGAGGGGAACAGAAGAGACGCCUCUGUCUGUUUGUCAGCAGUUCUACAAGCGAGGAAUCAUCUGUCCUGGAAAUGACACCUUUGAUAUAGACCCAGAGAUUGUGACUGACUGCUUGUACAUUGAGCCAACGACUUCAUUAGACAACACAACAAUGGGAAAGCACAAUUUGAAUUUCACUCUGGAUUUCCCCAGGCUGGUGGCGGUGCAGCUCAUGUUCAAUCUGAAGGCAAUCAAUCUCCAGACCGUUCGUCACCACGAGCUCCCCGACUGUUACGAUUUCACUCUGCGGAUUGUGUUUGAUAAUAAAGCACACAGUGGAAGAAUUAAAAUAAGUCUAGACAAUGACAUAGCGAUCAGGGAAUGUAAAGACUGGCAUGUUUCUGGAUCAAUACAGAAGAAUACUCAUUACAUGAUGAUCUUCGAUGCUUUUGUCAUAUUGACUUGUCUGGCUUCAUUGAUUCUUUGCACACGAUCAGUGAUUAAAGGAAUUUGGCUCCAAAGGGAAUUUGUAAGCUUUUUCCUAUAUUAUUAUAAGAAAGAAGUAUCUUUCAGUGAUCAAAUGGAGUUUGUCAAUGGAUGGUACAUCCUGAUUAUGGUUAGCGAUGUCCUAACUAUUGUUGGAUCAACUUUAAAGAUGGAGAUACAAGCUAAGAGUCUGACAAGUUAUGAUGUCUGCAGCAUCCUCUUAGGAAUAUCUACUAUGCUUGUGUGGCUUGGAGUCAUUCGCUACCUAGGUUUCUUUCAGAAGUAUAAUCUUCUCAUCCUAACACUGCGAGCAGCAUUACCCAACGUAAUGAGAUUCUGCUGUUGUGCUGCUAUGAUCUACCUGGGCUAUUGUUUCUGUGGAUGGAUUGUACUGGGACCAUACCAUGUGAAGUUUCGCACUCUGAACAUGGUUUCUGAAUGCCUUUUUUCAUUGAUCAACGGAGAUGACAUGUUUGCCACCUUUGCACAGAUGCAGCAGAAAAGUUACUUGGUUUGGUUAUUCAGUAGGAUCUACCUCUACUCCUUCAUCAGUCUGUUCAUCUAUAUGGUGCUGAGUCUCUUCAUUGCACUCAUUACAGAUACAUAUGAAACAGUCAAGCACUACCAGCAAGAUGGCUUUCCUGAGACAGAACUUAAGAGAUUUAUAUCACAGUGCAAAGACUCACCAAACUCUGGGAGGUACAGGUUAGAGGAGGAAAGUUCUGCAUCUCUCUUCUGUUGUUGUAAUGGUUGUAGUGAACAUAUUUAAUGGAUUGUGGGAGCAUAUCAUGGAGGCUUUAAAGCAGCACACAUUGCAAGAACUGGACAAUGGAUCUGGUGGAAAACUUUAUCUCUGAAGACUUAAUUUGCUUUUCUCAAAAAACAGGCCUGUGGCAGAAAUUUAUGCUAAACUUACAGAUUUUUUUUUGAUUAGACAUUCACUGCUAGUUCAGAGGGCUUGGGGAUGGUUUUUAUUAGUUUUAUUCUAUUUGUUUCCUCAGUUAAAUUGUGCUAGAAUGCAAAGGGCAUAAAAACCUGUCUGUGUUCAGACUUGCCUAGAUUAUAAGAGUAGAAUAUAGACGUAAUAACUUUCAACAAUAAGUAGAACUAGUGCCGGAAAACUUCGGCUUUGAGCACCAACCUAGCCCUCAGUACUGCAGGCAUUACCUGUCUGUGGCUGACCUGUUACUGAAUGAAUGGAAGCUCACUAGAGCCCUCAGCAUUUUUUGUUUGUUUGCACUCACAGUAAAAAUAAAUACUAUGAAAUUUGGUGUAAUGUGUUUCUGGAGUCAUUACAGUGAGUUGAUAUGCAAGCCAUUCAAACAUAGCUGAAAGCAUAACAUAAAUAUUUCUUUAAACACAAGUACCACUGGAUGUAAGUGACAAUCUAUUCUCAGAGAGCUGGGAUAUGCCAGGCUGACUGAAGUUAGAGGGAUGAGCUGAGUGGAGAAAUGUUCUCAUGUAUCAAGCACUGAGCAGGGUCAGUUACAGUCUUCAGCUUAACAGUGUUUGGAUCUUACGUUUUUAAAGGAAAAAUCAGACAAAAACCUUUGCAAAAUAUCUAUUUUUUAAAAAUUUGAAUUUUUCCUCUGGAAUACAAGUCUGUAAACCUGAAGUCUAAACUAAGUUAAAGACAGAGGAGAUAUGUCUCUGAGAGUCUUAUCUCUCCACACUUUAGAAACUGGAUGUUUCCUAGAAACUUAAUAACCUGCUACUGUCAGUGGCUGGCUGAAACAUUAGCUCUUGUAAAAGUUCAGUUCUGACAACUUAGUUUAUAUUCUUUGUUGAUUGUGAUAAUAUUUAAUGGAUGCCUUCUUUUCUAUAUUCAUUCUGGGAGCAGAAUAGAAAACUAAAGGGAAGCAUAUUUUAGAGAGCUUCCAUUUGUGAGCAACGGUGCUGUAGCUCUGUGUGACAAUGUAUAAUUCUGCAGAGGACAUUAAACAUGUUCUGUCUGAAUGCUUACAUAUUGUAAAUGUGCUACAAUAAACACAGCUGCAGUAAA